AUACAUCUGUUAUUUUUCUAGUGUUGUUCAAGUGUAUCAUAACCUCUAAUAACCUUUACAGUAAAUAAUUAAGAACUGUGAUUAUAUCGACGGUUUUUAUCAAUAUUCGUUUCAUUAUUGCUUACGUUUACUGUAAAACAGUUACUUUAAAUAUUGUAUUUGUUUAUCUAUUUAUGUGUUUUUUAGUAUUAAAGGUUACUUCUUUACUAAAUUGGAGAUUUUUCCGAUUGUUAUUGCACAAAAUAGUCUAAGGAAGUCCCAAAAUAGGAAUUAAGCUUGUAGUUCAAUUUGGAGAUAAUAUGAAUGUUAAAGUAAAUGAUCUUGACGGCUUGAUAAUAAGCGCUGUGCGUAAACAUCCUCUUCUGUAUAAUAGGAAUAACAUUUAUUAUAGAGACAACUCGAAGAAGGAAAAAGCUUGGUUAUCUGUUGGAAAAGAAGUUGGCAUAUCAGAGCUGCAGGCGCGGCAGCGCUGGCUGACCAUCCGGGACAACUUCAUGCGGUACUACAGGCGCAAGAGGCUGGAGGAGCGCGAGGGCCGGGCUGUGUCUCCAUCCCAGUACAUGUCCCACUACCACAGCAUGAUGUGGUACCUGGACUUCCGGACCAUCAAGAAGAGCAGGACGUACAGGAAGAUAGCCCCCAAGCCGGAGCCGCCCUCGUACCACCUCACGCUGGAGGACGCGACCAUGUCCCUGGGAGGCGUCGAGGAGGUGGUCCCGGAGCAGCCCAGCUGCACCAGCUCGGGCCAGUUCUCCCUCCCGGUCGACACGCAGAUGGACGACGAGGACGGCGAGGACGACGACGCGGGGGGCGGGCGGAGGAGGGACGACCUCUUGUACGAGUGCAUGCGGACCAUCACGCAGGCGGUGCGCGACGAGGCUCGGCCCCCCGGCGACGUGAACCCCCAGUCGGGCAGCUUCAUGCAGUACCUGGAGCAGCUGGUGAGGACGGUGCGGCCCGAGCUGCAGGACGAGCUGGAGAAGGGCGUACUGGACUUUGUGUUCUCCUUCAAGAAGAAGCACGCCUCGGGCAGCUAGUGCGGCGAGCGUCCCCACCCGCCAUGUCAUUACCUCAUUACUAUAGUCUGUAAUGAUAGUUUCCUAACAUUAAUUUUUUGAAUCACCAUCCUUUUUAUUGAGCUGUGACAUCACAUGCAAACAAUCAUGGUUGUGAAUACUGUUGUGACCUUAUGCCACUUUUUUUUAUAAAACUUAUUAAAUGACGGGUGACAAAACUUUUUGAAGAAACAUGAAAUGCAAGAGAGAUAUCGUGACAAAUUCACAGAACUAACCAACAAAGCGCGUGCCACUGAGACUUGACAUUGUGAAUUUUAACCAUAAAAUAUAAAAUUAAUUAAUUCUUAAAUGAACGUAGACAGUUAGUUAGUUUAGUGCUAAUAAAAAAAAAGUUAUACCAUCUUGGCGUUUUCCUUGGAAUCAGAAAGCCCGUCUUAGGGGGCCUGCUUGCGCUUGCAAAAUCGUAACUGUGAAAUGGGAACAAUAAAUGUUAUCCACCGCAUCCUGGAAAUCCUACCGAUUUUUGCCCAUAGUUUGAAUACCAGCUUAUUAUACAGUGUAAACUCUAUACUAUAACAACACUUAACGGACUGAGCAUUUUUCGGCGUUAUAGAGAGUGGUUGUUAAAUGGAGAGAAAUAAAAGAUAUUACUUUACUAUUCUAUAAUAAUAUGUAUUUACUAAUAUAGUACACAUUUUACACACGAACAUUAAUAUUCAUAUAAAUAACACUUAUUGCGUAUAGUCUGUUAUUUUUUUCUUUGUUUUUCCAUAUUGUAGACACAGUAAAGCAGCUAAAUCCAAAGCGUCUUCCAACAUCACUGAUCUUUUCUCCCGCCUCUAUUGAGCGUAUUAAUAAAACUUUUUCGUCAAUACACAAAGACUUUCGUCUACUCGGCAUGUUUACAGUUCGAAAAUCAGUAAGCAACUGUGAUAAUGAUAAUGUGUAACAACUUGACAAAAGUCUAGUGACCAAGGUAAACAUGUGGAAGUUCAUCCUACAAAAAAACAAAAGACAAAAUUUCUUAGAAUCUCCGGUACGUCAGUCGAAGUAAACAUGUGCUAGAUAAUACAACAACAAAACAGCAAACAAAAGAACAUACACAGCUGCAGUUCUUAUCAACUUCGGCAACUUAGAAAGUACUGCUUAAUGAUUUAUAAUGCCGUAUUGUUGUCGUUAAAUAGAGUGAGCGUGACGCUAUAUAGAUAUAUUAUUGUAUAGAAAACAAGGUAAACCAACCAAAGUCAAGCAAUUUCGAUGUUUUAAGGAGUUCGUCGUUAAAUCGAGUGACGUUAUAAGGUGUUUACACUGUAUUUGAGUUUUGAAAAAAUCACUGGAUAUUCCUCAGUUAUUUUUCAAGUAACAUGGAAAAUUCAUAGAAUAUAUAAAUUGUGUGUCACUAUGUAGAAACUGUGUGAUAAUAAGCAGUUUCACACUCAUUAAUUUAAUGGGAAUUUUGCUAGACAGUAGCAUACCUGAUGUUCAGAUAUCACUAUGCUUCGUCCUUGCACCGUUAUGUUAGUCAUGACAUAGAACUGAGUUGAAAAAUUGCUUGUUAACAUGCACCACUUUCAAAUAACAGACACUUGUGGUUCCACCUAUCUUUAAUGGGCAUUCAAAAAAAUCUAGGGGUGCUGCAUCAUUGCUAAUGUGGACGUGUUAUCUUUCCUUACUCUAUCAACUGCAUUGACGCUAGCUAGGCUCUACAUCUUCGAUUUUCAAGUUUUAGUGUGAGGCCGGUCGGUUGUGACUGGGGACAAGUUUAGUUUAGAGCAAACUUUGUUUUGAAUAUAUCAAAUCUUGUGUUUUUAUAUUUAUUGUAAUAAUUUAGAUUUCCCUCUUUUAUCUCAUAAUCGUCGCAUGCUCAUAAUCGUCUCACCUAUAUUUUAGGGCUUCAAAAAUUGGAUUAAAAAACCUCUUGCGUAAACGUCACAUGAUGUUUUUGGUCCCAUUAUUACCUAGUUUCCGAGCACUUUGUGUGGGUAUUUUUUCCGUAUAAAAUGAUGUAUUUUAAAGUAAAGAAAAUCUUAUAUUUAUUCUGACAUUACCACUUACUUAUUUAAUUAACAGAUAUACGAAGUUGUCUGAUGAAUAAAUUUUCUUUUAAAGAAGUUUUUAAACGUUAUAACCUUUAUCGGUUCGUUUGCAUCACUGUGGUGUACCACUUCCAAAAAUGUAGUCAGCGCUAGUUGGCAUCAUUCAUGUUUGGGUAUGUUGCUUCCUGUAUAGACCCCGCACACGUAGUCAAAUAUCGAUACCUAUAUCUCGCCGAGUGCAUGCAACAUGUGCUCUCUGUCGAGUGCCGAGUUAACUACAUUUGAUGGCCCGCACUCUUUUGUGGUGUGUACUACGAUAGUUACGUGUUCGUUCAGGCUCGCAUUCGGAUCACAGAUUUUGUUUUUCUAUUUAAAGUUGAAGAAAGGUUUUUGUUGCAUGAGUCAUUAAUUUAAAUUGUUUGGCGUGCUCUUUUAUACUUCACUUUUUAAAUAAACAUACUUUCCAUGAAUGGGUUUUGUGUUUAUGAAUAACUGUACCUAACAAAAAAUUUUUUUUUUUUUUAACGUUGCACCCCUACUUUUCAAACUUGAUUUUAGUAUCAAAUGUGCGACGAUUAUGCGAUCAAACACGGUUUGCAUAAAGAUAGUGUAGUAUUCAACAAAUGUGACAGUUAAUUCUUAAUAUUUAUCUCACCAAAAAAGUGUUAUUUUUGACUGCAAAACUUGAUGCAGUUUUGCAAUAAAAAUCACUUGUGAUAUGCAAUAUGAGACAUAAUUAUGCAGAACAUUAAAAUAAAAUGAGUAAGCGUGUGUGUGUUGAAAAAUGUACCGACAUCAGUAAUGUAAAAAAUGAGUUGGUAAGAAAUUAUAAAAUCAAACAAAGUACCUUAAGUUAAUUUUUUACAUAUCCAUUUGGUUCAUGCAUUUUAUUACAUACUAAAUUUAUGCUACAUAGAUGUAAAAGUUUAAAUGCUGAUAAAUUUCUUGACUUUGUAGGAUUUAGUACUAAUACUAUUUGUUGCACUAACUUGCAUUUUAAUGUUAUAUUGUACAUUUUCGGUGUUAUUUUGAUUCUAUUGCAGUUCGCCAUAAAUCUUGUCCCCAGUUAUGACUUAGUGGCAGAGGCAAUAAGGUAGGCAUAUAAUGGAUAGUUAGGUAAGAAUAGGUGCAAAUUUGGGAAAUCACAAAAAUGUUUAAACUGAGGAAUAAUGUGGUAUCCUAGUGCUUUUUUCCAUGUGUUUACCAGUGAUUGCCAACUUAAAUAUUCUCUUAUUAAAAAUAGGUGUGUUUAAAACACCUAGGUUCCCUGGUUAUUUCUUUUCCUCUUAGUAUAUUGGGAUGUAUUUUGUUUGCAACGGUAAAAAAUAAUAUCUAUUCUUUUUCAUUUAAACUUAAGUUUACAAAACUGAAUUGUGCUCAACAUGUUGAAUUCCAAUUUUCUUAAUAGUUACCUUACUCUUUCUCCCUGUGAUAAUGUUUUUUGGGAAAAUCAAACACACAACUUUUGGUUUUGUUACUAUCAAGUUGAACUAUGCAACAUACACUGUUUAUAGGGGUUGCGAGUAUUCAAAAAAUUAUCAUCAUUUAAUUUGGUAUUUUAAAUCUUAUAUUCAUUUAAUUAUUUGUUACGAAUAGAUAUACUUACACCAUGUAGUACUCAAUCACAAAAAAAAAAAAAUUUUAAAAGAAAUGUAACAUGCAUCAGGCUAAGAUGAUUUAUUGAUAAAUAUAGUAUUGUUUUCUGUAACAUUCAUACAUUGUUUUUAUAUUUAACAAAUCAUUGAUUGUGAUUUAAAAUUACAAAUAAUACUGUUGCCAUAAUUUUUUUGACUUUCCUACAUUUUACACCUCUUGUUAUGGUUCCAUGUGUAUUUCUCUUUUUUUUUUAUUUGACUGCAUUUUGGAUCAAUUUUUCUUGACUCCUGUGUGAAGUGUGAAAAAAAAAUUCAAUAUGUGUUAAAAUUGAAUUUGAAAAUUUAAAAUUUUGAAUGAAAGCACAUGUAGCCAGCCAGUCAUGGUUAAGUGUGUGAAAGAUGUCAUGUGACUAGGGGCAAGAGUAUAUGAAUAUGAUGAAUUGCAGUCAUUGUACGUAAUCAAUAUGUUACAAAAAUUUUUAUUUCUUAUCUGUUCUUUUUCACUUUUACAGCAUUUUAAUGUUACUCUACAAAUUUUAUAUGAGAGUUGACUGAGUCAAUGGUGUUACAUAGACUUUUAGCAACGUGACUGCUGAAUGUAACUGUCUGAAUCAAAAUGUUGCACUUUUAAAUUUUUUAUUUGCAUGUUCCUGUGAAUAGUAGAUUUAUUUUGUAUUACAUUUAUUCACAUUUAAUUUUCCAUUUCAUGCAUAUAUUAGUAAAUUCCCUGUAAAAUAAAAAUAAAAAAGUUUUAAAACCAUUUUAUCAAAUGGCACCUGAAAAAAUCUGAUACUGGUUCACAGAUGUUUGUAGACACAGUGAAGUGUAAAAGUAAAUAUUUGAAUGCGUUUUAAUGUCAAGUAGUGUGCUGUUUGGACUUUAUGCAUUGAAGUAUGGAAGGAAUGUAGUUGGCUGUGCUCCUUAUGGUUGUUUCUGGAUGCAAAAGAAUUAGGAAUACAUGUCCUCGAUCGCUCCUUCCAUUGGUGCCAAAUUGGACAAUUAUUGUGUGGGCCCAGUUGAAGGAAAACGAACGUAACUGUGUUACGCAUUAAUAAUGUGGUACAAAUUAGAAUUAAAAACUUUAUCAGAUUAAUAUUUAAUUUCAGUUAAAGUUGUUAUUAUAGUUAUCAAAAUUUGUAAAUAUUAGAAAAUACAAAUUUAUUUUUGAAUGCUGCAAUAUUUUGGAGUUUUCGUGUUUAUCAGUAAAUGUAAAUUACAUGUACAUUUUUUUUAAUUUUAAUUUAUAUGUUUACAUCUUAUUGACUUAAUUUAACUCUGAUCUAGAAAUAAAUUUUUUUGGUCAAAGAAUA